CUGUGUGAACAGCAGGGACAGCGAGGAGGGGUGCACCCCCCUGCACCUGGCCUGCCGCAGGGGGGACGUGGAGUGCCUGCUGGAGCUCCUGGAGUGCCACGCCAGGGUGGACCUCACCGACAGCAACGGGGAGACCGUUUUCCACUACGCCGUGAGAGGCAACAACCCCCAGAUCGUUGAGCUCCUGGGUGGAACCCCAACCUGUGGCCUGGACCACCUGAGCCACGCUGGGCUGACUGCUCUGCAUCUGGCUUGUCAGCUGGGCAAGGAGGACAUGGUUCAGUCCCUGCUGAGGUGCCGUGCCAGCUGCAAUGUCGUGGGGACCCUGGGCUACCCCAUCCACACUGCACUGAAGUUCUCCCAGAAGGGGUGUGCCCAGGCCAUCCUCGAGGUGGAUGCCAGCCAGGUUGGCUCCAAGGACCCUCGCUACGAAGCCAUUCCUCUGCACUGGGCGAAGAAGGCAGAGAUGACCCGGCUGCUGCUGGAGCAUGGCUCUGAGGUGAACGUGAGCAGCGGGACAGGGGACACAGCUCUGCACGUCGCCGUCCAGAGGGGACGCUUCGACUGCGCCAUGGUGCUGCUGACACACGGGGCACAGGCCAACGCCAGGGGCCAGGGGGGCAACACGCCCCUGCACCUGGCCAUGAGGCAUGACCACCUGGAUAUGAUCAAAGCCAUUGUGGUGUUUGGAGGAGAUGUGGAAAUCCCCAAUGAUCUCGGGGAGACGCCGGGGCUGUUGGCAGCCAGGAGCAGCAAAGGUGCAAACCGGGAAGUGCUCUUAAACCUGCUGCAAACUGUAGGGACCGAACGCUGCCACCCACCCAUCCCUGCCUCCCCAAGCCUGGCACCAUCCUCCUCCUCCUCCCUCCUGGAAGGCCAACCUUCCUCCCGGAGCAGCUUCAACAGCUUAGGGUACAAGGACCUUAUGUAUGUUUCUGCAACACUUGGACAGUUGUUGAAGGCACCAGAUAUUGUGGACUCACCCCACGAGAGUGGAAGAAAUCAGGACCGCUUGCUGUGCCUGGAUGGAGGGGGCAUCAGGGGGCUGGUGCUCAUCCAGCUCCUCCUGGCUAUUGAGAAGGCCGCGGGCCGGCCUGUGCGGGAGAUUUUCGACUGGAUCGCGGGGACCAGCACUGGGGGGAUCUUGGCCUUGGCUAUUGUCCAUGGGAAGCCCAUGGACUACAUGCGCUGCCUGUACUUCCGCAUGAAGGACAUGGUGUUCCGGGGGGCUCGGCCCUACGAGUCAGAGCCCCUGGAUGAGUUCCUGAAGAAGGAAUUUGGGGAAAACACCAAAAUGACAGAUGUCCGAAAACCGAAGGUGAUGGUGACAGGGACUUUGUGUGACCGGCAGCCUGCUGAGCUCCACCUUUUCCGAAAUUACCCCGUACCAGAGACAAAAGUCUCCACUGAAUACAAGACAAGUGCAUCUUUCAAACCACUCACUCGGCCAGAAGAGCAGCUGGUGUGGCGUGCUGCCCGCUGCAGUGGCGCGGCUCCCACCUACUUCAGGCCCAUCGGUCGCUUUUUGGAUGGUGGGCUGCUGGCCAACAACCCCACCCUUGAUGCCAUGGCGGAGAUCCACGAGUACAACAAGACCCUCCUUAAGAAGGGUCAGAAGCAGGAAGUGAGAAAAUUGGGGUUGGUGGUCUCCCUGGGGACAGGGAAACCUCCCCAGGUCCCGGUGAGCUCUGUGGAUGUGUUCCGCCCCACCAACCCUUGGGAACUGGCCAAGACUGUCUUUGGAGCCAGGGAGCUCGGCAAGAUGGUGGUGGAUUGUUGCACGGAUGCAGAUGGCCCAGCUGUGGAUCGUGCCAGGGCCUGGUGCGAGAUGACCGAUGUCGCCUACUUCCGGCUCAGCCCCCAGCUGCACACGGAGGUGAUGCUGGAUGAGGUGAGCGACGCCGUGCUGGUGGAUGCUCUCUGGGACACCCAGCUCUACAUCUACCAGCAACGGGAGCAGUUCCAGCAGCUGGUGCAACAUCUCUGCAGAUGA